UGGUGAGUUCGCACCUUCUACUACUCCGUAGGUACGUAGGUACGUAGCUCUGUGACUCUCCAACUGCGGAGCGUCCCUCCCGCCAAGCAUCACCUCCAACCCCAACCCACCUCAUCCAGACUCUAAUGGACAGCCAACCAUGUAGCAUCUGAGGUUGAACAUCAUGUCCUUCGGGUAGCCUUACUAUCCGACAACGCACUCGUGAUGGUUCCAGAUCUAUCUCCGUCAACAACGUGCAAGUACAACUGUCUCGUGCACCAGAAGUCAUGACAACGCGACUGGUCAACGCGCCUGUACUAGGCCUUCACCUUAUCCUCCCUCUGGCAUCCCCCAUUGCUCACCAUGUCGCUUAGGGCACCCUCUUCUAAUCCAUCUCUACUUGCUAUCCUUCUAGUUGUACAGGCACGUACAGGAUCUGCCGCUCAAAUCGUCUUCCAUUACCCUCCAGACCCUCUAGCAGCCGCCACUGCCAAUCACUCCUCACACAACGCCCAAGAAGACAAUGCCCAAUCCUCCAGUAGCGACUCCGACUCUCAGUCAGAGUCCUCUGACGACGACUUUGAACUAUUCAACAAACGAAUAAACAGUGGGCUAAAUCUGGCUCCCGAAGUACGUUCACUGCAUUCAGACGAGGAGGAAGAUCUGUACUCGUCAAAGAAGGACAAGAACAACACACAAGAGUGGAAACCCUCCUGGGAACCACUACUUGGUCUCGGGGAGGAUGGCCUGGUAAGCCUCCUCGCCCCCGGUCGUGCCUGGCACAAGCGCAAGUUUGAGCUUGGAAUCAACGACUUGACCUUUGUCGGACGGCCUGUCUUUGCCAGGGAAGAUGGACAUUGGAGAAAGUUGAAGCCCAGGAAGGAUUUGGCCAGUGACGAUGACAAUGAUCAAGAUAUGUCUGAUACAAACCAAAAUCACGGAGAAGGCACAGAGGACGAGGAAGACAGUGUUGGUGAGCAAGAUCCCACCCAAGACAAAUCCAACAAGAACAAGGACGCUGCCUUUCCAAAGAGCCAGUUGACCAUGUUCCACCUGGUCUUUGUCAUGGAUCCUCCCGCUCUUCAACAUCAAGCCCGUGUCAAGGAAAUGUACGAUCAUGUCGCAAGGAAGUUUUCCAAAAUCCUCAAAUAUGAACAGGCAAGGAACAACUACGUAUGGGAGCAGGCCGAGUUAUUGCAAACCAUCAAGGCCCACCACCUGCACGACAAAUCCUCCACGGCUGCACUGUACACCGAAAUGGCCCGGCGAUCUUCGCUAGCAGCAGCAAUUGCCAAAACCUAUGAUAACAUCUCCGCUUCCAAGAUUGCUGCAGUGACUCUCGACUCCAAGGUUUCUGUGUCCUUGCAGAUCCCUCCACUCACCUCAACUUCAUACUUGCCGUCAUUGAACGAGCCCCCUCUCGAUCCUGGCCUAUGGCUGACCACAGCUACUGACCCCGUCUCGACUGCGUCCGACAUGGACACUGCAUCAGUCACUGGAGCCUUGCAACUCUCCAAGAAUUUCACUUUACUCCUCAGAUCAAGCCCUCAGAGAAUCCUCAAAGACAUUCAUGCUACUGGUGGCGCUCUGUCUGGACCUCUGACCACCUUUGUCACCAAAGCGGAGCCAACCAAAUCCUUUUAUAAGAUGUCAGUCAUUUCCAAGAUUCCUUUGGCGGAUAUUCAACACCUCGCUCGACAUCUGGUAUACUGGCGACGGGCCAUUGCUAUACCUCCACUACAUCAACGAGACACGUACAUUGUCUCUCCAAACGCUGAUAUGUCCAAACUAAUUUCGGCUUCUCGUGCAUACGAAACCGCGUUUCCCAUGAUGCCCUCUUUACCCAAGAUGCUACUUUCCUUGAGUGGCACUCCCAUUCCCUAUGGCAGUCUGAUUCCGAGUAGCGAUCACAAGGAGGAAUAUUACAAGGUUCUUGCCUGGUUGAUGCGUGGUGGCUGGGUCACUCAGCUGCGCACGUUUGCCUUUGUGCGUGUUGACCCCAGCGUGAAGAAAGCAGUAAGGGAAAGAGAUCGGGACGAAUCAAAAGGAGUCAAGACUCCCAACGAACGAAAGUCGCCCUAUUUCACAGGAGCUGAACGUGAGCUCUCGACGAGUUCUGGCAGCAGCAACGCCAACGUCGACAGUUUUGCAAAUUCUGUAUCCCCAUUCAAACAGCGACCCAGCUUGGCUAGUCGACCUUCGAGUGACGGGCGGCAAUCCAUCUCGACAGACCACACUAGCAUACGAGGACAGCUUCCAACCCACAACCCCAAAGCGGCGAGCUUGAUCUUGCGCCCAACCAAAGCGUCCUUGGAAGAGUCCAAAUGGUUGGAAUAUAUUGGAUCUAAAAUGGAGACCCCCGCCAAUGGGCAACACUCAGAUCUGUCGUCAACUCCAUCGUCUGAACAUGCAACUGCACAUGUUGAGCAGUACUGGCAACUCUUUCUCAGAUACUUCAAUGGGUCCGAGGCUCUCGAACGAAUUCCAGUUCGAGAAGGGCUAAAGAGGAAGUUUGUGUGGAACAUGCUGGAAAGAAUGGGGCUGGGUUUUGAUCAAGGAGUCGAGGAUGACAAGGGACAAAACCAUCGAACUUUGGUCGCGAUUCGACAUUGGUGAUGAUGCACAGAAUAGCUGGGAGAUGUUAGAAGUUGAGAAGAGAGUCGAAUGACGGUGGAAAUGACUCAAGAAUGGACAAGUCAUCAAUUUCUAUUGAAAACGCCAGGAAUCCCUUGGUUUCAGUCAGGACUUCACAUCGUCGGGUAUCGCUUUCUCUUUCUCGCUGGAGAUCAAGUCCUUCCACAAGAUGGUGCAGAUAAAACCAUUCUAGAUCGAAACGCCAUUUCCUCCACAACGCUCAACACUUGCUCCAUGAUACCGUUCUAUAACUUGGCCCAUUUUUCUCUGUUCUGUUCCUUCAACACAGCGGCUUCAUGACCGAUUUGUCCCUUGUUCUGAUCCUUUUCUGGAGCGGUAGGCCGGUCACUCUUCUUCGGGGCACUCUUAUAUCCGUCUCGAACGUUGUCUGUGUUGAUGACGUUUCCAUUCGCAUCUCGUUGAAUGCCGAGUUCCAUCAGCUUGGCAAAGACCUUUGCAAAAUGAUCAAAGAACAGGUCUUUAUCUUUUGCAUACUUUUCCACCCAGACUCUCAUCUUGGCGUCGUCCAAAAGUGCCAUAUCGGAAGGAAGCAUCAUCAACGUGGCCUCUUCAAUCUCUUCUGCCGAAGGUUCCUUUCCAUCAUUCGCCUCCCUGACGUCCUGCAGAGUAUCCUCGUCCACAUAGACAAAUUGUUCCACACCAUUAUCCAACGUUUUCUUCUUCCAGUCAUUCGCAAGCAAGAGUCGGAAAUACUGGUUACUGAACCUGGUAGGAUUAUUGACCCAUUUUCCAUCGAAUCCAGAACGGUCGGCAUGGCAGCGACCGAGGUUAUGAGCGCCACUCAGGGCGACGAUUUCUUGGUCGUUGAAUCCCAUGCGGUAGAAGAUCCAACGCAGAUGAUCAGCGCCUUUACUUCCGUCAGGUAAUCGACCUCGUGGUGGGAUUCUCUUGUCUGAUUCAUCGGCGAAAUCGGUUCUUCCACCCUUCCAUUCAAUAUGUGGACCUCCCAUGGCCUCAAUGGCCACCACUGCGGCUAGUGUCCACAGGUCUGAAUAUGUUAUCCAAGGGAAUUGAUGUUUAAUGGGCUCGAGGAAAGCUCGCGCGUGUUGGAGACCAGCGUUGGCUGGGUCGCCACCUUCACUUUCCCAGCGCAUUCCAGCCCCAUUGCUGCCGCCGCUGUGAGUUGCUUUGUCAAAGGUGCCCGCCGAGUGCCAGGCUAGUCGCACUAGGACUGGACCGGCAGAUCCGUCGUCAUAACUUGGUUGGGAGAGGAGAGAUGAGAUGGCGGCUCGGACUUCGGAUAGUUGAGAGGUUGAUGGUGGAUUUUCUGGUGAAGGAGUGUGAGAUGGUGGAGGGGCGGGAGCAGACAUUGUGGUGGUUGUAGUCGGCAGACUGUGAAGAGUGGCAAAUGCGCACAACGGCAACUCGAAUUGUAUCAGUGGUUGAUAGGUGAGUGAGUCGGUGAGUGAGUGAGGGAUUUUAUGUUCCAAGGUAUGAACCUCGAUGAUGACUUGAAUCUAUACCUGUCUAUGAGCAAGAAUCAAAGGAUAUCAAUGAUAAAAUGAGGAUAAGAGAUAGAAGAGAGAAGAGGAAGAAGCGAAAGAGAGAGGAAAGAUUAGCAAUAGAAGGACUCUCGAAGGCGAAAGAAGUGUCCAUAUGAACUAAGAACGAGUACUGUACAAACU